UGACUCACUCCUUAUCUCUUACUUGAACGGGAGAUUCUGCUUUUCCCAACGUAGGAGACAAAAAGGAGAACGCAGUCACACACUACUCAACAGAGAGAGAGAGAAACAAACUCAACGAACAAUUUUGAUUUCAAAUUUCAAAAAAAAAAAAAAAAAAUCAUCCAGUGUUUCGAUUCAUCAUGCCGCCUGGUGCGAAGAAGAGAAAGGCUCUGAAGAAGAAGCAGCAGCUGCAACAAGAACAAGAGGAAGCGAUUGGAACAAACAAUCUCGGCGGAAAUGUGGAACAUGGAAGCCAAGAUGAUAGCAACUUGAGCUCCCCUGGUUCUCAAGGAAAUGAACAAUUUGGUGGGACCAAAGAUCAAUCUGGUGUGGAUGUGGUGGAGAAAAACGUAUCUUCUCAACAUCCUUGUGAUAAGGAGAUCGCUCCUGUUGUCUCCAAAGUGGUGAUUUCUGAGAAGCGUCGUAAGGAGCAUGCCAUAGACAAGUCUGGUGAAGCUCGAGAGAAUGGUAAGGUGGCGGCCACUCUUCUGGAGCCUGCUACUGGAAAAGUAGAGAGUGCGAGAGAAUCUCAAGUUCCACUGUCCUCUGACGAAAAGCGUCUUUUGUUCCCUCGUCCACCACCCGUCCGUACUUCGUGGUUUAGUUGCUGCGGUUUGUUUGAUGCAAUGACAGAUAAACACAGCAGGAAUGAGAUAAAGGUGGACUCACGUAGCCAGCUAAAGCUCAAAGUCAUCUGAAAAAAAAACAGGAUUCACGGUCCGUACACUCUUCUCUGUACAUUAUCUUUGAUAGAUAAUAAUGUGGGAGGGUUUUAGCAACAUGCAAAUAAUACCAACAUCCUUAAAGGAGAUUAAAUUUCAUUUUACUUCUUUUGAAAUACAUUCUUCAUUUGUUCAUUAAAGGGUUUUUAGAUUCAUGAGACUAAAUAUAUAGCUCUUUUUUUUUUCUUAUCAGUUGCCACACUUAUCAUU